AUGUCAUCCGGUGCAGACAACGUGCCCAAUGGGCAUACAAAUGGCGUCAACGGCAAUGCCAAUGGAGAUGAUAUCCCCCCCAAGGAGGGUUUCACCGCCAUCCGAUCUCGCCAGAACCCUUUCCCGUCCGCAAACCGGAACCCUUACGGUCACAACGCCGGUGUCACUGACUUCCUGAGCAACGUCUCCCGAUUCAAGAUUAUUGAGAGUACUUUGCGGGAGGGUGAGCAAUUCGCCAAUGCCUUUUUCGACACUCAGAAGAAGAUUGAGAUUGCCAAGGCUCUGGAUGACUUUGGUGUUGACUAUAUCGAACUUACAAGCCCUUGUGCUUCUGAGCAAUCGAGACGCGACUGCGAGGCCAUCUGCAAGCUGGGUCUCAAGGCUAAGUCUAACCGAGACGCACAGAUCCUGACUCACAUCCGAUGCCACAUGGACGAUGCAAGAAUAGCCGUGGAGACUGGUGUUGAUGGAGUUGACGUUGUCAUCGGUACUUCAUCAUACCUCCGUGAGCACUCUCACGGCAAGGACAUGACCUAUAUCACCAACACCGCUAUCGAAGUCAUCAACUUCGUCAAGUCCAAGGGCAUUGAAGUCCGAUUCUCCAGUGAAGACUCCUUCCGGUCUGACCUGGUGGACCUUCUCUCUAUCUACUCUGCCGUUGACCAGGUUGGUGUCAACCGUGUUGGUAUUGCUGACACGGUCGGUUGCGCAUCCCCCCGCCAGGUUUACGAGCUUGUUCGUGUCCUGAGGGGUGUCGUCAAGUGUGACAUUGAGUGUCACUUCCACAACGAUACUGGCUGUGCCAUUGCCAACGCUUACUGCGCUCUGGAAGGUGGUGCCACCCACAUUGAUACCUCCGUUCUCGGUAUUGGUGAGCGUAAUGGAAUCACCCCUCUUGGUGGUCUGAUGGCUCGUAUGAUGGUGGUCGCCCCCGAUUAUGUCAAGAACAAGUACAAGCUCCACAAGCUCAAGGAGAUUGAGGACCUUGUGGCAGAGGCCGUUCAGGUCAACAUUCCUUUCAACAACUACAUCACUGGGUUCUGUGCUUUUACCCACAAGGCCGGUAUCCACGCCAAGGCCAUCCUCAACAACCCAAGCACGUACGAAAUCAUCAACCCGGCCGAUUUCGGCAUGACCCGUUAUGUCCACUUCGCUUCUCGGCUGACCGGUUGGAACGCGAUUAAGUCGCGUGCUCAGCAGCUCAAUAUUGAGAUGACUGAUGAGCAAUACAAGGAGUGUACCGCUAAGAUCAAGGCUCUUGCGGACAUUCGACCAAUCGCUGUUGAUGAUGCUGACAGUAUCAUUCGCGCCUACCACAACAACCUGAAGCUUGGCCAGAACAAGCCUCUGCUCGACCUGACUGAAGAGGAGAAGGCUCAGUUCGAAGCGAAGGAAAAGGAGCUGGCUCAAGAGGCCUAA